UUUCUCUUUUCUCUCUUCAACCCUCUAUCCCUCAUGAACCCUGUAUAUACAGCCAAGGGCACCCCGCCUAAUCCUAUAUCACCUUGCAUCAUCUACCUUGGUGCUGCGUCCACCCUCUGUAUUCUAAUCAUCCUGGCUUAUCAUCGCUACCAUAUACACCGAACCGAUGCAGCUCUCGACAUAUCAACACGAUCCUACACAUUUUAUGAAUACAAUCGCCCGCCACGGUUACAAAUCACUCGCUCAUCCUACGGAGCAACCAAAGAAACUGUACAGCCGCCAUCACCGGAAAGGGUGGUGGAGUGGAUUAAAACGCGAGACAAGAUGCUAAGCAAGUACGCUGCAGUAGAAAGCAUGGUGUAGGUAGAUGACUUUGUCUGUAUGUUAUUUCAGCUGAAAAUGUUUUGAUAUUUCUCAUUCACUGGCUGGCACAUACAAUUCUGCAAACAAUAAAAGAAAAAAUGACAGACAGAAAGAAAAUUUUCGAUUCAC